AUGAAAUGCCUGAAUGCAAAACAAUUUGCCAGUGCUUUUACCUCUUAUUCUGUAAUUAUAUCACAAGAUAAUAAGGCAAAAGUUCCAUUUGGAAUAUCAGCAGUUGGAAGGACAUUUAAAACUGUACAAUCUUCUCAUAAACUAGUUGUAAUGCCUGGAAGUAAACAAAAACUAAUACCUUCAGUUUAUCUUAUGAUUGACUCAGAAGAUUCAAAUGACUCAUUAUUUGACAUAAUGGUUAUAAUAGAAAAUCCUGUUUUAAAUAAUAUGCUAAAAUUGGAAAAUGAAUUUAAACCAAUUCUGGUUUUGCUUGUUGAUGGUGGUCCCAACGAGAACUCCAGGCACUUCAAAAAUAUAAAAGAAUACUGUAAAUUAUUUAUAGAAUUAAAUUUGGAUUACUUAACUAUCAGAACCCAUGCCUCUAGACAAUUUGUCUACAAUCUUGUAGAGCAUAGCAUGUUUACUCUUUUAGGAAAGUUGGCAGAUAUUGUUCUACCUAUUGAUCAUUUUGGCUCACAUCUUGAUUCUAAUAGCAUUAUUAAGAAUAUAGACCUUGCAAAGCAAAAUUUUCAUUAUGUUGCUGAAGAAGCAGCCACUUUGUUAGCUGAAUACAAUGAAUUUUUGCCACCAUCUAUCAAAGGCCAAGAUGUACUUCACUUCUCACACAUUACCUCUGAGCCUGAAUUACACCUGAUAUUUUGGUCAACCCAUCCACCUACUCAGAAAUCAGCUGAUUUCUGA